AUGUCUUCUGGCAACUUCUCUGAUCUAGACAUGUGGCGGAAGACCUCGGCCGUAUUCGAAAUGCUGCAAGCAGUGAUCGGGUUUAUGGACAGUCUCAAGGACUUUGAGAGCGAAGCGGAUAGCCCGAACGUGGCUUUUCAAAGUAGAUUAAAGCACGACCCUACGUGGUUAAGCUCCAUCGACGCCCAGUACGAAGCGGACAUGCAAAAGUUACUCAACCUACCCGAUGACGCCUUGCCAGCUGGCAUCGAUCUUCCAUCACUGUCAGAAUUCCGCAACGCUAAUGGCAAGGCAAGCUUCUACUGUAGACACGAGGAUUGUGCUCAGGCAGAUAGCGGCUUCUUCACGUCCGAGGCGAGAGAACAGCAUGAGUCAUGUCACAUGCUGAGGCUCCAGUGUCACGUUCCCUAUUGUGCGUGGAAAGGUAUGGGUUUUAGACGCCAGCGUGACCUGACAUCUCACAAGCGAAAGUACCAUCCAUUCCUAGAAGGGUUUGUCAUUCCCGAACUUUCCAAUUCGAAGGGCGGAGAGCCGGAAUCAACUACACCAGCUUCGAAUACGCCUCUACAGCAGGCGCCUGCUGUUACCCCUAGCUCAGGCACUGAAUUCUUCCCUUAUUUCAGUGUCUCUAACGGUGCCUCUAAUUUAGACUUCUCUGGUCUCGAGACCACUGAUGUCUUAGAGAAUUUUGAUUUUGACAGCUUCUUGCAUAACACCGAUGAUGAUAACGGCUUUUCUUUCGAUUUCAGCGAAGGGCUUGAGACUCCUGGCAUGGAGUGA